ACGGUGCUCGCGCAGCAUUGCACGCCAUCUGCACUCGUGCGGCUUCGUGAGCCCUUCGGAAAUCGGAUUGCCCGUCGGAUUUAACAUACAUAACCUGCAAUUAUCCAAUUCUCGAGUGCCGCGUUCUUGUUGAUAUUACAUAUCAUUUCACCGAGACGAUAUUUCGAGAGGAGUUUGCCGAGACGAUGGAAGAUCGGACAGGAAAGAAGAAGGUAUGUUGUAUAUGUCGCCCGCAUAAUUGUUAGGAGAAAAAGCUAAAUGUCCCUCGUCGCGAUAACAGAAGGCGCGAAAGGUCCACAAGUGGCUGAACAUGGACCAAAAGCUCGACAUCGUCAAACGCAUGGGCGAUGGGGAGUUGUGUUCGAGCCUCGCUGCGGAGUUUGGUGUCAGCAUACGCACCAUGCAAGUGCUAAAAAAGACGAAGGAGAACUUCGUGAAGAAGAAGUGCUCCUUUUUAGACCAACAAGGGUCACUGAAAAGGAAGCGCUACACCGGUGUCGUCGGGUCUGACUUCGAAAAGAUCAUUUAUACAUGGUUCAUUCAGCAGCGAGACACUGGGUUUCCGAUCUCCGGGUUCCUUCUAAUGAACAAGGCGAGCACAUUGGCCGAAACAUUGGGACGCCCCAAUUUUAAAGCCAGUACUGGGUGGCUGAGGAAGUCCCAGCAGCGGCAUGGAAUCCGGAUGAUACGCGUAGACGGAGAGAGGCUGUCGAGUGAUGCUGUGGCUAGCGAUGAGUUUACGAAGAUAUUUAGCAGCUUCGUCGAAAUCGAAGGAGUGUCCCUCGACAACGUCUAUAAUGCUGACGAGACAGGUUUAUUUUGGAAAUGUCUUCCAAGGAAAACGUUGGCUCCACGCAACGAACAUUCGGCUCCGGGACACAAACUUGCGAAGGAACGAGUCACCGUAAUGACAUGCGCCAAUGCAACGGGAACGCAUAAAGUUCCGCUGCUGGUGAUAGGAAAGGCGAAGCAUCCGCGGGCCUUCAAAAAUGUUAACAUACUCCCGGUGCAGUAUGUUAACCAAACAAACGCAUGGAUGGACCGCUCAAUAUUUAAGGAGUGGUUUACCACGACGUUCAUCCCUGCUGUGGAGAAGAAGAACGGGAAGGUGCAGACGCAGCUGGGUCGGAUCUCUACUCUCAAGGCCAUCGCAGAAAUUCUCCCGGAGUCUCCUGCAGAGAUUUCUGUUGAAGAAGUGAAUCAGUUCUGGCUUCAAACUGAGGAGACGCACAAGGCGUUUCUCAAGGAACACACCUACUUCGAGGUCUCAUGGCCCUCUGCGCUCACUCAUCACGAGCAUUUCUCCGGGAACGCUCUUCAAGAGGAAACGCUGUGCCACACACAAGCGCAACGCGUCAUCGGCGUACUCCGUCACUCACUGACAGCUUCGUCCGCUCAAUCAAUCUACUGUCUCAUCCCGCGACCUGUUGACAUCCUCAUCGGAGCAGACGCUUACGGGCAAAUCAUCAAGCCCAAUAUUCUUAGGCAUUCUUCACUCAUGCCGAUGGCGCAACUCUCCAUUUUCGGAUGGCUCGUUCUUGGACCAGUCAACAGAGAAGCAAGACGCACAUCCACGCAUCAUGCUGCUACCCAAUUCAACGAGGAUGCUCUUAAUGAGCUGUUGACGAGAUUUUGGAAUCAAGAGGAGGUGCCUACUUACGAUGGCACUCAACUCACUCCCAACGAGCAGAGGUGCGAGAAGCACUUCAAGACUACACACUCUCGUGAGUCUUCAGAGAGGUACAUCGUCAGGAUUCUACUCAAUUUACCAGUAGAUCUUUUGGGUGACUCUUACAACGUCGCUCAUCAAUGUCUGAAGGGAUUACGCAGACGAUUCUCAAGGGAUGUGAAUUAUCAACGUCUCUAUCAACCAUUCAUAAUUGAUUACGAGACACUCAACCACAAGACGAAGGCAUCAUCCAUCUCCAGUCAUCGCUCACAUUUCUACCAGCCACAUCACGGUAUUCUCAAGCCUGACAGUCAACGACACUGCGGGUAG